AUGCAGCCGAAGUUAUUCAUCAAUUUCAAGAGUCAACGUUCAAUCAUAAAAUUACUCACAGCUUUGCAUAACACUGGAUUGACCAACAAUAAAUACCAAUAAAGCUGUCGCCGGGGACAGACGGUGUAUUACGUUCCUUGUCACGUAGGUUCAAAAAGUUUUUGCAGUGCAAUCUUAGCCGCUCGACUGGCUAGUUCACAUUCUCAUCGCGUUUCUUGGCGCGCGACCGUUGUAACGAAACGUAUUGACCACUAAUAUCGGUCAAUUUCGGAAACAGAACACAUUAAUCUUUUCGUUUUCAAAAUUUUGUUUACGAUUUAUCUAGCCGGAUUAAAAAAAAAGCGAUACCUACGUAUUUCAUGUUAAAAUUUAAGAUUAAUAUUCAUGAGCAUUAUGUGCCUAUUAUCUAUUCACGUGUUGCAUAUUUUAGACGAUUCAUGACUAAAUUACGAAAUGUUUAAGCUAUUUGAAUAUUAGUUUCAGCAUCCACCGGUACUGUAUUAAUAGUACAGUUUAGUAAAUAAUAUUUGUGAAAUUGCAAAAAAGUACUUACUUAGUUGCGAAAAUGAAACAAAGUGUAAUCUUCUCGUGUGCAACUUGUGUUUUAUUUUUGUUUUGCUGUGUGUAUGGCCAAGAAGCAGUCCUAGAUUUGCCAGUACAAUUAGUGGGUUUUCCAUUUAUAAUAGGAAGUGUGAGAUUGACUAAUUUUAUCAAAAAGUUGUCAUAUUCACUUAAUCCAGCUACCUACCGCUCUCGGAAUCGUCGAGAACUGUCCUUCGCAAGCGAACCCUUCGAGCCAUUUGACGCUCUUGAAGUGGAGAAGUACAUUGUUGGCGAAUUCGGUGCGCGAGCAUGCGUGUUCGAAAGGGUGUGCGCACACUACGCGGCGCGGGCGCAGGCGCAUCCGCGGCCACAGCUGGACUGGCCUGAUGUGUUCAGCCAAUACAAACGUUCAGCGGACAAAGCCAAAGAAUUUUACCUCCUCAGCGUAUUUCUUGGCGACAUCGUGGGAUCCCCACAGCUCUGCCACCAGCUGGCCAAGCGCAGGAGUUGUGAUGACUCCCAACUGCUUGGGAAUGCUUAAACAUGGAGAAUUGUUUAAAACUAUCUAUGUUUAGUUGUUAAUCUAACUGUAAUGAAAGAAAGUUAGUUAUUUCAAAUAUGUAUAGAAAUACUAUUUGUUGUAAAGCAAACUGAAGUCUUCAUAAUGAAAACCUUUACUUCUUUCUUAUUCAGUCCUAAACAAAACUUUCAACGGUGCCUUUUAAAAGUGUCUGGUAAUUACAGAAUUUAGAAAAAUAUUGGGAUUAUUGUGGUGGCUUAGUGACACACUCUCGGAAGAACAGGUGACCGAAAUAUUAUUAAAAACAUAUAUAUUUUUCAGUCGAAUUUGAGCAGAAUUGCUUAUUUCAAAAUGCAUAAAUGCUAUUGAAACUAUAGCUAUGGUUACCCACUUAACUUUUACAGAAAUCUAAAACAACUGUUAUUUUACUAUCGACAUAAUUAUCGGUGAUGUAUAAAUAGGAUCUAAUUAUCUACAUUCGAUCAUUCCUUAGCUAUUAAUUAGAUUAAUUUAUUUUUAUAAUAAAAAAAAGGACAAAGGUAGUAUUAGUAAUAAAAACCACAUCAACUCAUGGUGAUCUAUUUUUUAUUUGUGACACAAGUCACAUAUGUAGGUAUUAUAGGUUUGUUAUCGUAAGAGUUAAUAUUAAUAGUUAGCUAAAUAAUUGCACUAGUUAAAUAAUUGUAAAAUCACCUAAUUGUAAGACACUAAAAAUUCAUUUUAAUCAAAAUAAUAGUUUUAAAGCGCGCAUUAAAAGUUACCUACUUGUGAUAUAGGGAUUAUAGUUUAAAAAAUACAAGUAAAAUAUUAUAGACAUAUAAUACAAUACUCGACCGUAUUAGUUAGUUAGCCAUUAGGGAAUUAAGUUACAUCAACAAAACCUAACUAGAUUAAUCUAACUUCAACCGUGAAUUCUUCCAUUUUGAUGCCACAAUUUGUAACAAGAAUUACUGAUAUAAUUUUUUAAUCAAUAUUAAAAUGUAUUUUUCCGUGAAUCCCAUAUUACGUCUAUCUGCCUUGUUAUAUAGUAUAGGUAUUUCAAACAAUAUUUAGUACAGUCGGAAUAAAUUAUAGAUCGUUAUAAGCUUAGACAAAUUAUUUACUUUUUUUUGUAUAAAAUGUUGCAUUGUAUGUAAGUAGCCGAAUUAGUUAUGCGUCUUCAUGUAAUAUUAAUAUUUAUCUAAAUACAAACACAUAAACACGACUAUAUCCUUUGUCAUAUUACUCGUAGACAGAGCCAACAGUCUUGAAAAGACUGAUAGGCCACGUUCAGUUGGAUUCAAUGAUAGAAUUGAGAUUCAAAUAGCGAUAGGUAUCUAGCCCAUCAUCGCUUAAAAGAAGAAUCCCAAAACCUAUCUUCUAUUCUUUUUUUAUCGUUGUCGGAAACCACAUGACACUUAAUAUUUAUCUAUUUGGUACUAAAUUCAUUGUUUAUUUAUGUAAGCAGGUUGAAAGGUUUUUGGUAAAGGUGGGAUGACUAUUCCUUUUAACACAAUAAUUGAAUGUUAUCCUCUUAAAGGUAAACACCUUUAAGAGGAUAGGGAGGAGGCUGCGUUUUGUAUGUAAAUGUAGGUUUUUAUAUGGAAAAUGUUUUGUUAGCAAAAGUAGCGCUAGUCACAAAUAAAAUAUGAAUAAAACAUC